AUGGGCCUUAAAACCACGCUCACGCGCAAGCCAGCCGACCAGCGCAACCUUGGUUAUGGGCGCAUGUGUCAGCUCAAGGGGCUGAUCAAUCCUGACUCCCCAGCGAACAAGGCCGUAAAAAGGGACAAUCGCGUUAAGGUCAAUGAAGUUGUUGAGGCUGGACACGGUGGGCAACCAGAUCCUCGCUGUCAACCAUCGUGUGCUGCGCACAUUCUGGUCCGUUCAAGCACAAAGCUUAACUUGGCUGUUUUUAAAGUGCCCUGCUGCUUGGCCCCCCAGUGA